GCCGCGCCCCGGCGCAUGCGCGGUGACGUCACACCCGGAAGCGGCGGGCCCGGCGCGGCGCUGCCGGAGGCGCGGAGCGGCCCCGUCCGACCCCCCCCGACCCCCGGGACCCCUCCGGGACCCCCUCCCGGAGCCCCCCCCGACCCCCCCCGGCCCCCGGCCCCGGCGUCCGCCGCGGCCCCUCCCCCGGGACACGGCGCCAUGAUGCGGUUCAUGCUGCUGUUCAGCCGCCAAGGGAAACUGAGGCUGCAGAAGUGGUACCUGGCCACGGCCGACAAGGACAAGAAGAAGAUGGUGCGGGAGCUGAUGCAGGUGGUGCUGGCCAGGAAACCCAAAAUGUGCAGUUUCCUCGAGUGGAGGGACCUCAAGGUGGUCUACAAGAGGUACGCCAGCCUCUACUUCUGCUGCGCCAUCGAGGGCCAGGACAACGAGCUGAUCACGCUGGAGCUCAUCCACCGCUACGUGGAGCUGCUGGACAAGUACUUCGGCAGCGUGUGCGAGCUGGACAUCAUCUUCAACUUCGAGAAGGCCUACUUCAUCCUGGACGAGUUCGUGAUGGGCGGCGAGAUCCAGGACACAUCCAAGAAGAGCGUCCUCAAGGCCAUCGAGCAGGCGGACCUGCUGCAGGAGGAGGACGAAUCCCCCCGGAGCGUCCUGGAGGAAAUGGGGCUGGCGUAGCCCCCCCCACCCCGAAUUUUGGGGACCCCCCCCAAAUUUUGGGGACCCCCCCAAAUUUUGGGGACCCCCCCAGCCUGAAGAAGACCGAGGUGGGGGAGGGGAGACCCCCUAUGCCCCCCCCAAAUUGUAAAUAUAUCUAUAAGCGGGGGUUGGGGCUCAUUUUGGGGGGGGGGGUCCCCAAAUUUUUUUGGGGUGGGGUCUCUGCCUUCACCUCGAUUUUGGGGACGGGAAGGGGCGGGGGGGGUCCCAAUUUGGGGGUUCCCGCCCCCCCCCCCAAAAUUUUUGGGGGAGAUUCCAUUGAAGGUGCCCCCCCCCCCCCGAAUUAUUUUAAUUAUUUUUUGGGGACCCCUCCCCAAAUUUUUAGGGACCCUUGGGAUCACGGCGCCCCCCCCCCAAAAAAAAAAAAAUUUGGAAUAAAAUCUGUGGAGACUCGA